UGCACGGAACCGGUUUGACCAGUCACCGGUGUGUUUGUUUGCCUCAGUUCUGUUGAAAUAUUGAAGAGUUUAACGAGAGCCUCUAAUUAGUAAAUAGUGGCGUUUCUUCACACUUCUUAUAUAAAGCCCGACACGUCCGACGGAUCCACUGGUCAGUCCGUGCAUGUGCGUGCGCCGUGAUAGCAGCAUCACCAUGAAUCGUGUCAUUUUGGUGUCAUUUUUGUGCGUCUGUGUGCUCGGGUACAUAUCCUCCGUCGAUGGAGUUCCGGCACGUGGGAAGCAACCGGCCAAUAGGUCGUCGGAAGAAUCGGGCGAGAUGGAACAAUCGAACAGCCGGGAGCGUGCAAUGGAACGAAAGGGCCCGGGAAAGCGACAGAAGGGACAAUCGUCGAAGGAGAGUGGCGAGAUGAAAAUGAAGCGCCCCCGACCGCCUCCACGCCGAAGGAAUAAGAAUAGGAACAAAAAUCGAUCAACGACCACCACCACAACGACUUCCACGACAACGGUUUCACCAGCGACGAACCCUUCGAGCACUGCUUCAGGUUCCCAGUCCACCACGACGACGCCAGCCGCAACUAGAGCAGCUACAUCCACUACUCCGGUAUCAACUACUUCGGCUAUGAGUACAUCCACAACUCCGUCAUCUACGACUUCAGCUAUGAGUACAUCUACAACUCCGUCAUCUACGACAUCAGCUACGAGUACAUCCACAAGCUCGUCUUCUACAACGCUUUCAAGCACUACCCAAGGACCAUCAACGGCCCCUACGACUACUACGUCCAGCACAACCACAACGGCGAGUUCGACCACUUCUACCACCACAGACCGGGCCCGACCGUCACCACCGACCCGUCCUGGUCGCAAAAAAGUCGUUUCUUUUAGUAUUAUCACUUCGUCCCCCCACAUACCACCGAUGGCAACAAAAAGCCCGGUGAGUGUGGCCCAAACGGUGGCUGCGGCGGCGUCGACGGCGGCAGUGGCCUCGAGCCAGAAGGGCAAGCAGAACGGUUCGCUCAACAUUUCGUGCGACAUUCUGGACGAUCUCGCCAGCCGGUUCAUCAUCAAUGUGCCGGUAGAGGAGCGGGAAAAUUUGAUCCGCAUCUGCUUCCAGAUGGAGCUGGCCCACUGGUUCUAUUUGGAUUUCUAUUGCGCCGAGAACAAGCACAAGUGUGGCAUCAAACAGUUUGCGCAGCAAAUGUUUAAGCAUGUGCCGUUCCUGCAGCCGCACUGGCCACACGUGGACACGGUGCUGGAGGACUGGAAGCAGUACAAGCUGACCGUACCGACGUACGGUGCGAUACUGCUGUCCGAGGACCUGAAGCACGUGCUGCUGGUGCAAUCUUUUUGGGCGAAAUCGUCGUGGGGCUUCCCCAAGGGUAAGAUCAACGAAAACGAGGAACCAGUCAACUGUGCUAUACGCGAGGUGUACGAGGAGACGGGCUACGACAUCCGCAAGCUGAUCCGGCCGACCGAGUACAUUGAGGUGAUCGUAAACUAUCAGUUCACCCGGCUCUACCUGGUGCCGGGCGUACCGCUGGCCACAGUGUUUGUGCCGAAAACGCGCAACGAAAUCAAGUGCUGCGAAUGGUUCCCGGUGGACGUGCUGCCCGUCACCAAGCACGACAGCAUCGUGAAGGACAACCACAACCUGACCGGCAACUCGUUCUUUAUGAUAUUGCCGUUCGUGAAGCGGCUGAAACGGUGGCUCGAAUCGUUCCCGUCCGGCGGGAAGGCGGGCAAGGGAGCGGCCGGCAAGGGCAUACUGGCGCAGGCAAGCAAUUCACCCGUGUUUGGACGCGAAUCGACCGGCAAGCAGAAAAUCUACUUCGAAAACAAUAUCGUCGGCAGUGGAAACAAACAGCAACAGCAGCAACAAGGACAGAAACAACGGCAGAGGCACAAAUCGAUGGGAGAGCUGGAACAGCAACCGCAACAGCCGAUACAAAUACUGCAACGUGGGAAAGCGAAUGCUGCUGCAGGUACGCCAAACGUUGCCAACCGUUCGCAACAGAAGCAACAUCAGCAGCAACAGCAGCAGCAACAGCCACGCGAAGAUGCCUACCAAUCAAAUCAGCGGGCUGCCAGUGUAGUCAGCGAGAGCUACCGGGACUUUUCGCUCGGUGUCGCCGAUGAGUCGUCCGCGAUGAAGAAGAAGUUCAACCAAACGCUACCCACCUCUGCCCAACCUUCGUCGGCAAAUGUGGGCCGAGGUGGACAGAAUGCUGCUGGUGGCGAGCGGCUGGUCAAGAGUCAGACGAAGAGAAAACUGUUUGCCAACGAGACCGCACCGGCCAAAGUGGAGACAGAGAAUCGAAAGGAGCAGCAGCAGCAGCAGCAGGGGAAGGAGGCGAAGAAAGAGACAACGGAUUCGGAGGACGAAUCAUUUCUCGAGUAUCUGCUCCAGGAGGCGCGCUACGACCGUUUCCGGAAUGGCGUGUAUCAGUGGACCCAUUUCCAGCUUGAACAUUCAACAUUUUUAUUUAAACCUAUAUUACCUUCCUAGUUUGGAGGAGAUGAGGAUCAAGGAAUGCCGUGAACCGAUCGACCGAAAUUUCACUGCAUCGAACGAACAUGCUUCCUACAGGGAGCACACGAAGGCGUAAGAACAAAAGCAGAAGAAUAAAUGAAUAAUCGUGACUGAAAUUUUGCAUUAAAUAGCACCGCAGCAGCAUAUUAGUAUGAUCGCAGUGCAAAAGGACCGAAUGUAUCCGAAUUGAACGUUGG